AUGCCCGUGGACGUGAUGGGCGCAUCGGCGGAUGCACCAGAGCGACCGCUCCUCAGGUCCCGCAAGGCGCUCCCGCGGCGGGGCGUUGUGGUCCCCCAUAUCAACAGGGCCCAACCGACCUCCCCAGAUCCAAAGGGCACAGUCACCGCGGCGCCAGCUCCUCCGUUGACUCCGCCCGGCGCGAACCAGGAAGAUAGCAUGGACGAACCGACGCCGCGGAAGACCAACUCGUCGCGCCCUGACAACCAGACCACCGGCAUGUUGACGCCGCGUCGGCCCUCCAAACCCCCAACACCCGACGUGACACCACCUCGCACGACCUCACUCACGAGACCAGCCCUCCAUCACGUGCAUCUGUCGUCGUCAUCGCGAGCCGACUCAUUCCAGACUGCCUGCGAGAGCAUCUCGUCCGAUGGCGACAUGGAAACGCCCGUCCGAUCCUCAUCCCAGACCGCGUCGCAGAGAGCCAAGAACAGAGCCCGUUCGACUACCAGACAGAAUGCGCCGAAUGGCGUGCGCGCGAAACUGACAUAUACCAAAGACACCCCGCCCUCAGCCUCCCAGCCGCAUAGCGAGACAGAAUAUGAAACUGGGUUUGAGUCAGUGGGCGUCCAACCAGACCGACGGAUCUCCGACACCACUGGCGGGGAAACAGAAGCCUUCGAAGACCCGGAAUUCAUCAAACCACAAACCCCCCCAGAUGAGGACGCGCUGGACGUGAUCCAUCUGGAUGAGUCUUUGAUGCGGGAAAAGAAUCUGCGGGAUCGAGUCCAGAAUACACAAAAGGUGACCGAGAGUCCGUCGAUGGAACGGUUUCGUGAGGAUAUUGGUUGGCCAUCCGACGAUAGACCUUCACAGAUGGAAGCACCGGAGUCGCGUCGGUUGUCGGGAGUCUCUUCCACAUCUACUGUCGAGGCGAUGAUCAUCGAUUCUCCAAAGCGAGCCCAACGCUUCUUGCGACAUACCGAGAAGAGAAGUUCGCUCCGUUCUGCAAGCUCUCCCAUCACCAGAUCUGAGCGUAUGUCCACGGCCUCCAACCUUGACUCACAGCGCCGUCUUGUCCACAAGGCCGCUCGCAUCUCAGAACAGGACCGUCGAAGCGUUUCAUCCGAUAUUUCCUUCUCAACCAAGACUACCGCCAGCGCGCCUCGGAUUUCAGCGGAUAUCAUUCCCGUAGUGGUGAUACCGGAGAGACGCUCAUCCCUCACAUCUGGACCCAACAGUUAUGCUUCGUCCAAACCUGGCUCCCAGCAGUCGAGCCGAGGCCCCCCACCAGUCUCUUCGAAUGGCUCUGUGAACGUCCCGCGACCAAGGAAGCGGACCAUGUCGGAUUCCGUGUCUGCACGAUCCCGAGACCAGGACUCGAGGGGCCGUCUGGUUGGUCGACCUGCUAUCCCGCCGCGGAGCUCUUCGCUCUCUGCGCCAACAAGUCGCAACACUUCUCGCGCCACAUCUCUCACCUCGGAGAGUCUGCGGAGUCAUACUUUAGCCAUGGAUCUGGAGAUGCAACAGGGUAACAUGCAGCCCGUCUCGCCGCCCCGCUACAAUAUUCUCGGUCCCAAUGGUAAUGGAAAGAGUUUUCUGGACCCUCCAACCCUGCCGGGAAUCAUGGUCAGUUCAACGGAUGAUAUGGCAACCCUGCGACCCCCAUCAUUGCCAUAUACACAAUGGUCAAUCCCAUCGUCGUCUCCGGGGCCGAUCGAAAUCCGAGAAGCUACUGCUGUCAGUCUAUUCGCGCACAACAAUCGGUCCCUGCUUGUGGUUGAUCAACGGGUACCGCCAGACCAACGCGUGCUCCAAGCGUUCCAGAACGGGUUUCCAGGUCGUGAAACCCACCCCCAAACCCCCGACAGCCCUACCCGUCCUGCGCAGAGGUUCGUGGAGUCUCCAUUAAAGAACCCUCGUCCACCACCUAAGCCGCCGGUCUCCAAACCCCUCCCACCGAUUCCUAUCCAAGACGGGACCGCCGACGCUACCACACAGGGCAAUGGAGGCCUAGUUGGUCGAUGGCACUCGGUUCGUCGCCCAUGGGCCGCACGCUCUCGGUCUGAUUCCUUCAAUGCUAUUACCCAGUCCAUCUUGCUGCCAUCAGCGAAGAACCGUAAAGCAGGAAUCGAAAUGGACAGCCGCUUACACCCCUUCUGGCGCCCACGCGGAUUCUGGGACGACGUCUCCGGCUCCCCCAAAAAGAGAACUCCGGCAGCCGCACUCCCGCAGAUCCAGGCUUCGUCAGUAACUCGCUGGGCCUUCCGCAACAACGGCUCAUCUUUGAAGGACCGCCUGCUCUGA